AUGACGACCCACAGACAUGGAAAUCUCUCAAUAGUGCCCUUGUGGGAGUUUGUGCUGGAAGGGUUCAGGGGAGGUGUGGAGACCCAGGCCCUGCUCUUUGCUCUGUUCCUGGUCCUGUACAUAGUGACCAUCGUGGGCAACCUCACCAUGAUCGUCGUCAUCACCCUGGAUGCCCGCCUGCACUCCCCCAUGUACUUCUUCCUCAAGAACCUGUCCUUCCUGGACCUCUGCUACUCAUCUGUCAUCACCCCUAACACUCUGGCCAAUUUCUUCUCCUCCUCCAAGGUCAUCAGUUUUGCAGGCUGCGCCACUCAGCUCUGCUUUUUCUCACUACUUGUCACCACUGAGGGCUUGCUCCUGGGGGUCAUGGCUUACGACCGCUUCAUGGCCAUCUGCAGCCCCCUGAGCUAUGGCAUGACCAUGUGUCCCAAAAGAUGCACCCGUCUGGUGCUGGGAACCUACUGCGGAGGCUGCCUCAACUCCAUUGCGCAGACCAGCCUCACGUUCCAGCUCCCCUUCUGCAGCUCCAACCGCAUCAACCACUUCUUCUGUGAUGUGCCCCCACUGCUGCAGCUCGCCUGUGCUGACACAGCUCUCAAUGAACUGGUCAUGUUUGCCAUCUGUGGGCUCAUUAUUGUGGGCACCACUCUUGUGGUCCUCAUCUCUUAUGGCUACAUCACAGUGACCAUCCUCAGGAUGCAUUCAGAGUCGGGGAGGGUAAAGGUUUUCUCUACCUGUGUUUCUCACAUAACAGCCGUGUCCCUGUUCAUUGGGACCGUGUUUGUCAUGUAUGCACAGCCAGGGGCAGUGGAGUCCAUGGAGCAGGGCAAGGUGAUCUCCAUCUUCUACACCCAGGUCAUCCCUAUGCUCAACCCCCUCAUCUACAGCCUGCGGAAUCAGGAUGUAAAGGAUGCCCUGCGAAGGCUGGGACAGAGACAAGUGGCCCUAUGA